AUGAAUAGCAUACCAAGUGAUUUAGCGUCAUUUCAGGCAUUUUUAUCAACCAAAUAUCCUUUAUCUUUUAAAGUCAGCCGUCAUCUUCAGUUAAUCAAUUUGAAAAAACUUAAUGAGAACGUUCGUACGCAAUCAGAGGAUAGCAAUAAAGAGACAGUAAACAACAAUGUUGAAUCGACUUGUAAACAAACAACAAUAAACAGCAAUAAUGUUCGUCAGCGGAAUAAUUUUAAUGUUCCUGAUACACUCGUCAUGCCAGAGGACAUUGAAUCAUUUGCUGAAUCCUAUGGGAUCAAUCAAUCGCAAGACUUAGUAGAUUUUUCACAAAUAAAAGAUAACACAACCAAUGAUUUCAUUAUUAAAGACGAAGCAUCGCAACAAUUUUUACCACUAAGUCGUAAUCAGAUGGACGAACGUAAUGCACAGAUGAACAAUGUGACAGCAACAACUUAUAAUGAUGAUACACAAGAUGAUGCUGUAAUUAUUCCUGAUUCAGAUGAAGAAGAAACUCAAGACAUAGACGAUGAAAAAUUGUGCAACAUUAGCUAUUUAAGUAAAACACCGUUGAAACGAGUACAAAAUUCCAAUUUGUCGGACGAUGCUGUCUUAUCACCUAUAAUAACGUCUACAACACGAAACUCCACUGCUAAUCUUAGUCUAAAUUUUUCUCAAACAUCUGUUGAUUCACAAACUCGUACUUGCGUUAAAAAUGGUUUAGAUUUAAUUGGUUGUAGUGAAAGUGUUGGUGAAGGAUUAAUUAUCCUUAACGAAGAUGAUACGAAUGCUCUAUUGGAUGGCUAUGAAAUCAUGUUUAUUGGCCAAUUUGAUCUUUAUCAAUAUUCUAAAGAACGUUUGAUGGAAUUAUGUAUUGAAUAUGGUGGAAAAGUUAUUAAUGAAAAAAUUACUCGUCCAUUUCUUAUUUUAUGUGGCAUUUUAAAAGACAAAAGCUCAAUAACGAAAAUGAAAGAAUUGGCAAAAUGUACAAGUAUGCGUCCAUUAAAAGUAACCUGGCUCAUUGAUUCAAUUAAUCAAAAACAACUUUUACCACGUGAAAAUUAUGAUAUGCGUUGUUUUUCAAAAAAUUAA